AUGGCAAACUAUCACAGGUUUGUGCACAUUUUGGGAUUGUUUGUCCUUGCUCUGUCCUUGAUGAUCGGCGAGAAUUCUGUUGAAGCUCGCCAACUUUUGGAGUUAGCAUUGCCUGAAGUGCCUGAAUUACCUAAGCCUGAAUUGCCUCACCUUCCCGACAUUCCGAGCCUACCCAAGCCAGAAUUGCCAUCUUUGCCAAAAGUUGAAUUGCCGUCGGUUCCCGAACUUCCAAAGCCUGAAUUACCAACAAUACCAAAGCCGAAUUACGAGGAAGUGCCUCAGGCGCCCAAACCCGAAUUGCCUCAUCUUCCCGACAUUGUGAGCUUGCCCAAGCCAGAAUUGCCUGAAGUGCCUAAAGUGCCUAAGCCCAAAUUGCCUCACCUUCCCGACAUUCCGAGCCUACCCAAGCGAAUUGCCAUCUUUGCCAAAGUUGAAUUGCCGUCGGUUCCCGAACUUCCAAAGCCUGAAUUACCAACAAUACCGAAGCAGAAUUACACUAAGUGCCUCGAACCGCCUAAACCUGAAAUGCCUCAUCUUCCCGACAUUGUGAGCUGCCCAAGCCGUAAUUGCUCGAAGUGCCUCGAUUACCUAAGCCCGAAUUGCCUCACCUUCCGACAUUUCGAGCCUACCCAAGCCAGAAUUACCAUCUUUGCCAAAAGUUGA